CUCAUGCUUCGACAUAGAGAACGCAAAUCGCUUCGAGGAGGAAGAUUUGAGAUCAAUCUCUUCUUUGAGAAGUUUUAGAGAGCUGUAGUGGGCAGUAUUUUGAAUCAAGAAAAAACUUUCCCUGAAGUUUUUUAAGCAUUAAGAACGAAUAGAUAGUAAAAGUGCCGUACAGAAAGGCGAGGAACAAGUCGUGACGUGAUUACGCUCGAACAUUGGUGUGUUGUACUGAUCUGAGAUAAAGUAUAUAUAUAUGGCAGCAAGUGGAUCAGAAACGCAAACUAUCGAAAACGUUGAUCUUAAAGUUGAUGAUAAUCCAGAUGAGGAUCAUAUCGAUAUCGAAAUAAAACAAGUUACAGAAGAAACAACUCCAUUAAAAGCUGAUAGUAACGAUGAGGAACUGGAAUUUGGAUUUGGAAGAGACGAGCCAGUCUUUAUCACAGAUCAGGAUGUUGCCGAUUAUUCGGAAUCGUCGAUGGAAAGAUCAACAGAACUUUCAGCAGACGCCAAAAAGGCGUACGAAGAAUGGAUCUAUGUAGACAUGAACAAGACUACCCACGAAGUGAACGAGAACUUGCUUCUUUUGAGUUCAGUUUAUGGAAAAGAUCAAGUAUGUUGUUGUGUUAUGUGAACUAGAAGAAGCAUUAAUUUAUUUCUUGAUCAAGUAAAUCCACGGAAGGUUCCUUGAUUUCCAUCGUUUAGAUUGCAAAACGUAGAAGUUGUGAAAAAGCGGUAUGAGAUAUAUUAAUUUAUUUCAUUUCAAAAUGACCUCAAAUGUCAAAAAGAUGAAAGUAGAUACUAAAGUUGCGUCAUACAUGGGAAUUGGGCCAGAGAAAGCCUUGUAUAUCUUUUAUUGGCGAGGGAAAGUAGAGAAAUUGUAAUAGGUACAUUUACUAUUAUAAAUAAGUACUUGCUCUUUAGAUAGAUUGUCAAGCAAACUCUCUAGGUUUUGUAAAAGAGGGCAAAGACUGGAUAGAUAAGGAUCUUAUGUUAACAA